AUGGAAGAUAAGCCGUCAUUUCUUCGUCCAGUCGGGAUCUCAUAUAUUGCGGAAGAUCUUGCCGAUGACAGAAAAGCUUACGUUUCUACUAAUGCUGUACAUAGUCUACAAUCAGCCUUCCACAUUGCGGAAAAUAUUUUCAAAAAGGAAGUCCCGACCCCAAAUGAAAAUAUCAUGAAUACUUCUAUGAACUCGGAAUUAAUUGGAGAGGAAAAAGAGACGGAUACACACGAUGGCAGUAGAGACGGCAGCAAAGAGGAUAUCACUUCACCCAAUCAGGAGCCAAAUACACAAGAUGGCACUAAAGAGAUUAAUUCAGAACGAACUGUGGAUGUAGACACACUCGAACUUCUAUCCUCAGUAGAAAAAGGGAGACAUUCAAUUUCUCCAGACAAAGUUGAGAAAACUGAAGCCAGUCAGUCAAUCACACACGAUAGCAGUAAAGAGAAUGCUAAUUCAGAGAGCACACUAGACAUUAUAAAUCUAGAGACGGAAGAAAAUGAGAUUCAGCAACGGCAUCUACCUGGAAAUGAAGCGUCUGAGGACUGUAACGCUGACAUAAAUGAAGAAUUAAAUACUCAUGAUGGCAGUAGAGAGAGCACUGAUUUAGAAAAUAAAAAUACGCUUGAUAUGUUGGAUUCCGCAACUCGGGAGAAUUACUCACAUGUAAGCGAAACUAAUUCCUUUUCAAAUCAUAAUGGUCAAGUCGAUUCUACUAAAAAUCAAACAUUUUAUUCGCACGAUCGUGAAAGAAGAGAGAACUCUGAAUCAGAGUGUGAGAUGGACACGCAAGAUUUAAUCUCAAAUUUUGCAGAAGAAAAAUAUUUGCAGCAGACUUCUUUGGCACAGGAUUAUGAAAAUGACCAGUGUUCUGAUGUAACUUCGAUUUCAAAUAACGAAGACACGGACCCAUUUGCGUUUUUAGCAAGAUUUGAAUUGAGAAGUGGCUCUGAUAUCCCAAUAGAACAAUGCGAUUUUGGUAAUAUAAAUCUACAAUUACAAGCAGAGACGCUACCUCUCUUGCCAAGAUGGCUGUCAAAUAAAAAUAUAAAAGGGCCGACACUCAUUGAUACCAUAGAAUACGUUCAAACUGUGCUUCCGGAAGUUCAUUUCGAGCUCUGUGAUGUAAUUCCCAGAAAAAAGAACAAAGAAAUGAAAAUUUAUUUGGGAGGAGCAAAUAAAAAACAAACGAAGUUGUUCAGUGGUAGGAGAAAUGGAAAAAGAUGAAAUUCUAAUCAGGUAUCACUGAAGCGUGGCUGGGCGGAAUCUUAUUGCUAUAAAAUACGAAUGCAACUGCUGCUUUUCGCUUCUUUGUUUCCUGGGUCACCAUCUUGCAUUCAGUACUAUUCAGUUAUUGUCUCAUUCGCUGUUUUAGGUUUAUGUUAGGUGUGUGCAAUAUUUAUUGUUGGUGGGCCAUAUAACCCAAUUCUGAAAUCUAGCUGUGCCACACAAAAAAUUCAGCGAGAAAGGCAAGAGAAGAAAAUGCGGCUAUUGCUUAGCUUGCACUAAUAAAGGCACCAGGUAAAACGGCGUAAGAUUUACCACAGCAACAAGAACAA